CUAAAGGCUAUCGUUACUACAGAGGGUGUGUACUUUGUCCGAGCACGUGGGACCCCCUCCCCGGAGUCAAUUGUUCUGCUUGUGCGUUUUUCAGACCUCUACGUUUGUCAGCCUCUAUCCACUGGUAAGAUCCAUUUGUUAAAAAUCUUAGUUAUUUUUGCUAAUAAAAGUUUAUAGGCAUACAAAAAACAUUGAUUCCAGGUAUCUUAGCAUUUAGUGCGGUCAGUGUAAAGUGAGGCUUACGUGCCUAAUACCUUCAAUUUUGAAAACAGAGAGCCUUCAUAUGCGGUAAUGCUCGAAUACCAAGGCCGUCACGAAGUACACUAGUAGCAUGCACUGUGAUUAUAAAGAGCAGAGAUGAAUUGUAGCUUUCAACAGGCGAGCUUAUAUGCUCUUAUUUUAACGUGUUUAAGGGCUGGAACGAGGAUGAACAGACCCGCCUUUCUCUAGCGAAUUAAUUGGCAAUGGUUUUGAUUGGCCAAUAACGUGUAGCAAAGUACUGGAAUUUCUGAAGUGUCCGGCUGCGUCAACCCAGUCUUUAUUCGUUAAGGCCAAAAAUACAUAUUCGUCCUUCCUAUUGGUCCAAUUGUCUUAUCGAUUGGUCUUUUAAUCAGAUGUAGCAUUAUAAUCCACGAUACGAUAGACGUUUUCGUGGUUAACCCCUCUUAGAACAGCUAGAAAAUUCUAAUUUAACAGCCCGAGGGUGCUUCGUUUUCCUCGUGUGCACCUUAAUGGUUUUACCGAAUUGGCCUUAUUGUAUACCAAUUAUUGAUGUUUUCAGCCCUAUAUGCAUCAAUCUAUGAAGCACGGCGGAAGAUUGUAGAGCUAUAAGGCUUAUCUCAUUUCUUCUCUCCAAAUGCCCCGUACGCUUUAAAGCGGCAUGUGCGCACGCUAAGCCAUGAUCUAAUUACCAUUUUGUUUCUGUUCAAAGACGGAAAAAGUUACAUCGAGCUGGUGAUGAAAGCGGAUAACAGCAGCGUGCCAACACCGUCUAAAAACCCAAGCAAACGGCCUAGGGUCAGAUGCGACCAGCAGAGUGUGGCGCAGAAGGUUUGUGCUAAGACAGAUAUCAUGUUUAUUUUGUCAAGAGUGUGAAAAAAAAUCCCUAACAGGAAUGAACCCAUGAUUUUCCAGAAAACAGGCGGGUGCCCUUACCGCGGUCGGUUCGCUAAACUCGAUUCUACUUUGAUUAUUCACUAGGCGUACCUUGAGAUCUAAAACUCACACAACUUUUAGUUAGCGUAUGGACCGUUACCGCAUUCCUGCGUACAAACGCCGCAACUCGAGGCUCACUUAGGGUGACAAAAUCAGCGAUUUGUAUGAAAUUGUCAUCAUAAGCCUCCAUCUCUUUUCAUUGUGUGCGCUCAUUAGAGCUAAAUACUGGAGAGAUCUAUUAGAACUUCUAUUAGAAUUUCGGAUUUAAGAACUGAAAUAGAUAAAUAAUCGUCUUUAUGUGUACAGCAUUUUGCUCCCUUUACGUUCAGUUUUGGAGCUGGAAAAGUUUGAUUAGUAAUGGUAAUAGGACUGAGUGGAGUCCAAUUCGGUCUGUAAUCAUACGAGUGAUUAACAAAAUCGGACGACCGCGUAGCGGGAGUCCGAUUUGUUUAAUCACGAGUAUGAUUACAGACCGAAUUGGACGACACGAAGUUCUGUUACCAAUUAAUCAUAACUUUAACAAAAUUUGUGACAUUAUAGGCUAAUUUUUAAAUCAAAACACAAGAAAUUCCGAGAUUUUUAUUGCUAGCAGGGAAAAAAAAAAAGCCAUUUAAGCGCGCGCGUGAUGGCGCGUACUGUCCAAUUACUUAGGCAUGACGCGUACCGUCCUAUUAAACUGUCCAAUUAAGGCUGAAAUCAGGGCAGUUGAGAGCCAAUCAGAUUUGACAAUUUUGUUAUAGUUAUGAUUAACUUUAAAAUUAUUUUUCGAACCCGAAAUAGUUUAACUUUUCCAGGAACUUUUCCUGUGCCGUUUUAUGUACUGAGUUUUUGUUACAGCUUACACGUGUUUUGUUAAUCAGGUGGCGCAGAAAAUCAACUAUGCCAAGAAUCUU